GGCGGCCUCAGGUACGCGGACAAGAUGGCGGCAGCAGCGGUCGACAGCGCGAUGGAGGUGGUGCCGGCGCAGGCGGAGGAGGCCGCGCCCGAGGCGACCGGCCUCAGCUGCCUCGUUAACCUACCCGGCGAGGUGCUGGAGUACAUCCUGUGCAGCGGCUCGCUGACGGCCGCCGACAUCGGCCGCGUCUCCAGCACCUGCCGGCGGCUGCGCGAGCUGUGCCAGAGUAGCGGGAAGGUGUGGAAGGAGCAGUUCCGGGUGAGGUGGCCUUCCCUUAUGAAACACUACAGCCCCACCGACUACGUCAAUUGGUUGGAGGAGUAUAAAGUUCGGCAAAAAGCUGGGUUAGAAGCCCGGAAGAUUGUAGCCUCAUUCUCAAAGAGGUUCUUUUCAGAACACGUCCCCUGUAAUGGUUUUAGUGACAUUGAGAAUCUUGAGGGACCAGAGAUAUUUUUCGAGGAUGAACUGGUGUGUAUCCUUAACAUGGAAGGAAGAAAAGCUUUGACCUGGAAAUACUAUGCCAAAAAAAUUCUUUAUUACCUACGACAACAGAAGAUUUUAAAUAAUCUUAAGGCUUUUCUUCAGCAGCCCGAUGACUAUGAAUCGUAUCUUGAAGGUGCAGUGUAUAUUGACCAGUACUGCAAUCCUCUCUCCGACAUCAGCCUCAAAGACAUCCAGGCCCAGAUUGACAGCAUCGUAGAGCUUGUUUGCAAAACCCUCCGGGGCAUAAACAGUCGCCACCCCAGCUUGGCCUUCAAGGCAGGUGAGUCCUCCAUGAUAAUGGAAAUAGAACUCCAGAGCCAGGUGCUGGAUGCCAUGAACUACGUCCUUUACGACCAGCUGAAGUUCAAGGGGAACCGAAUGGAUUACUAUAAUGCCCUAAACUUAUAUAUGCAUCAGGUUUUGAUCCGCAGAACAGGAAUCCCAAUCAGCAUGUCUCUGCUCUACUUGACAAUUGCCCGGCAGUUGGGGGUCCCCCUGGAACCUGUCAACUUCCCCAGUCACUUCUUGUUAAGGUGGUGCCAAGGUGCUGAAGGGGCGACCCUGGACAUCUUUGACUACAUUUACAUAGAUGCUUUCGGGAAAGGCAAGCAGCUGACCGUGAAAGAAUGUGAAUACCUGAUUGGCCAGCACGUGACUGCAGCGCUGUAUGGGGUGGUGAACGUGAAGAAGGUGUUGCAGCGAAUGGUGGGAAACCUUUUAAGCCUGGGAAAGCGGGAAGGCAUCGACCAGUCGUACCAGCUCCUGAGAGACUCGUUGGACCUGUAUCUGGCGAUGUACCCGGACCAGGUGCAGCUGCUCCUCCUUCAAGCCAGGCUCUACUUCCACCUGGGCAUCUGGCCAGAGAAGUCUUUCUGUCUUGUCUUGAAGGUGCUUGACAUCCUCCAGCACAUCCAAACCCUAGACCCCGGGCAGCACGGGGCGGUGGGCUAUCUGGUGCAGCACACGCUCGAGCACAUUGAGCGUAAGAAGGAGGAGGUGGGCGUGGAGGUGAAGCUCCGCUCCCACGAGAAGCACAGAGAUGUCUGCUACUCCAUUGGGCUCAUUAUGAAACACAAGAGGUACGGCUAUAACUGUGUCAUCUACGGCUGGGACCCCACCUGCAUGAUGGGACACGAGUGGAUCCGAAACAUGAAUGUCCACAGCCUGCCCCACGGCCACCACCAGCCCUUCUACAACGUUCUGGUGGAGGACGGUUCUUGUAGAUACGCAGCCCAAGAGAACUUGGAGUAUAACGUGGAGCCUCAGGAAAUCUCGCACCCCGAUGUCGGACGCUAUUUCUCAGAGUUUACCGGCACGCACUACAUCCCAAACGCAGAGCUGGAAAUCCGGUACCCAGAGGAUCUGGAGUCUGUCUAUGAGACGGUGCAGAAUAUUUACAGUGCAAAGAAGGAGAACGUGGAGUAGAGGCUAGUGGGGACGCUGCACCUUUGCUGCUGCUGCUAUUGUCCAGGAGAACAGGACCCCGGACGGAGACGUCCCCACGGGCCCCUCUGGAUUCACACCACCGGGAAAGCCCCUUAACCAGUAGUGCUGGUUGCCUCCUACUACGUUCAACUCACGUGUGCUCUCCUCCAGCUGCAAAGACAAUGUUGCUCUCCGCCUACACUAGUGAUUCAUUGAAAGGCACUGUGUGCAGUGGCAUGGCUUGUAUGCUCGUCCUGUGGUGACAGUUUGUGACAUUCUGUCUUCAUGACGUCUCACAGUCGACACCCUUCUGAUCACUCUUUUCCUCCCCUCUCCAUUAUGUCUGUCUGCAUCGUCUCGGAUGUUUUGUUUGCCAGACAGGUGGGCUUGUACGUCUGCAUCAUUUCUUUCUGAUUUCUCUGUGGAUCGUUUUCGCUCCCGAGUCAGGGUUGUCUGUCUUCUCGCCCUGAAUUGAGUGCUUAUUCAGAGGGGAGGCUGGAAGUGAUCUCGGCAGCAUCCUGGAUCUGGAGUCAUUAACAAAUUAAUGGUAAUCAGAAUCGUUUGAAUUUCUUUCUUUCUAACUUUUGACACAGAUUUCAGGCAUUUUGUCUCUUUAUUUGGAUGGAGAGAAUGACACCGUUUCCCUGUCUGGAGUCAUCUCUUGGAUUUGUGCUCAGAUCUCCACGAAUCAUUAGUUUUCUAUUUUAUUACAUAAAAUUCUUGGAGAAAGUGCAUAAUAAUAGCCUUUGUGAAUGGGCUUUUCCACAUUCAUCUAUUCCUCCCUUUAAAAUAAGUGUAUGUGUUUUUUUUUUUUAAUUUUAAAAAUCUACUCCAGUAUCAUAAAUAGAUCUUAAGUCAGCGGUGGGUUCUCUAUAGUAGGAAGUACAAUCUGAUGUUAAAAUGUCUGCUUUUAGAAACCAUACUCUGUGAUCUCCAAAGACCUAAAAAAGAGGUUUCACAUUUAUAGUCAGAAAAAAAGAAGUAAUGAACCUUAAAAAUCUUUAAAAAGGGCAAGUUUCAUGCCCCCUGUCCUUCCUUAGAAUCACUUCAAGACCUUCUUGAACGUGGCAGGGUAGAAAUAAGUGAAAUCUCUCCAAUUUGAAGAAUGUUUGAGCAGCGGGAAAGGAGACAAGCGUGUGCCUCGCUUUCUCCAGUCACCACGAAAGCAUCAGGAGGAAGUCUGAGUCCCCCGGGGAGGUCCGGCUUCGUAUCAGGUACCACUGGCGAGGGUGAAGGUACCGAGUCCUUGUGCGGCUCUGAGCUCCCACCGUUCUCAACCUGCCAGUUCUCCAGAGGGCUGGUCUCGUAGUUAACCAGUAGAAGCUAACUUGUGGAGUUAGGACCUAGUUAUUUUACUCUCUAAGCUGAAAAGAGUCCAAUGGCUCUAGUGAAUGAGGCUUUUGGGGGCUGUGGUCCAGUCGUGCCUCGCUGCCUGUCUGUCCGUUUGCAUGCAGUAUUUUCACACCAUGUUUGACGACUGCCUCUUGUUUACCCUUUGGAAACCCUGGGCUGACCGAGGUCUGGGGCGGCCACCUAAGACCACUUACUAGCUCGUGACAGCUGUUGAGCGGUUAUUAGAAAGAAAUGAGGAUUUGGCUAGCCAGCUCCCUCCAGCCCGGAUCAGCUGUGGUCCAGGGUCCGUGUUCCUGUCAGUCCAAUCCAAAGUCAGAUGAUUUGGACUCAACAUUUGAAAUUGUGACCACUCACGACACCCAGCCUGCCUGUGGUUAGGGGGUUUUACACUACUCUCAUUUAAAGGUGAAAAUUAGAUACUAUGGCAUUAAUAUUAAUGAAAUGCAUUACUAGGAAUCUGUGGAGCAUGCUGAGAGUUAUAAUUGUUGGUUUUCUCGUUUGAUUUCCUUUUUUCUUAGAGUAACAUCAAAGCCAGGAAAGAUGGUUUUACCUUUACUGACCCAAUGUAAAUAUGUAUCUAGACUGUUUUUAAAUGUGUUUCUUCAUGAAAGCUUCAUUUGGCUCCAGGAAGCCUCUGUCACCUGUGUCAGUUGGUAUUUGGGCACUUUAUAUUUUUCUAAAAACGUGUUUUGGAUCCUGUACUCUAAUAAAUCAUAAGUUUCUUUUUAAAAAUUUUCCAAACAUUUUCUCCAUUUUAAAAAGCCCUGUUAUAAAAGUAGAACUUUCACAAUGUUGAAAUAUUAAAUAUUUGGAUAUAGUAACUUCUUUCCUCUUCAAAUGAAUGCCAAGAUUUUUUUGUACAAUGAUUAAUAAAUGGAACUUAUCCAGAGAAACCACACAAAUGGCCUGCCAGAUUUCGUUCCAGACAGAAAGCCCAGCCGUGACAAAGACAGAAUCUCUGUCACUUCUCAUUCUGAUUGAAAUACACAAAAAUUUGCUCCCCUGAAUUUUUCUUAACAUUGAUGAGUGAACAGGUUACCUUUCUUUAUACUAUGAUUUCCCUACCAAACAAUUUUACGAGCUGGCUAGUGAUCUUGAGAGUAUCUGGUUUUAAUAGUGUAAAGAUUGCAGCUUUUUAAUCGUGUGGAGGUACAUGUUAUAAAACAUGCUGCAGAUGCUCUGAGGGAACCUCAGGUUCCUGGUGUGUGUCAGUGCUGAUGACCCCGCGGCCGCCUGACACACGGCUCGCCCAGAGCGUCCCGCAGAGCACUGUUUGUCCCCGCUGCCACACUUCCGAUGCAGGAAUAAAGGGUCGUGGCAAGUCACCUGUUUCCUGCACUGCAGUGCUUCUCAAAGCCUUUCAUAUAGUGUUGUACCUUGUGACCUCCCAAGAGGCGCGUGCAGGGUGGCGUCUUCCUAAUAACUUCUCAGACUCUGGAACUUUCCUCCCCCAGCACACCCACACACACACAGCAUCCUCGAGGCCCGGUGUUCGCAGACGCGCUUUGGGAAACGCUGUUGCAGUGAGACGUCAGUUACGUCCAGCGCUAGUCCACCUUACCAGCAAACCAGUUUUGCCAAGAAUCUCGUUUGGAAACAUUACCCAUCUAAUCGGCUUUUGAAAGGCUGGCUUCGUGAUGUCGCUGCCUGAGCCUCGUAAUAGUUCCCCAUUCUAAGUGUGUUUACGCUGCAAAAUCGUGUCCCUGCGAAAACCAGCAUUAAUACUGUUGCUCAGUCAGUUUUACGUUUUCUGAUUUCCACUUAAAGCCUUGUUCUGAUUUUAAAACAUCUCAGUCUUUCUUAACGUAUUAAGCUGAGUCAUGCUUUUAUGUCCAAGGCUGUCGUCUGCUACCACCAGGUCCCUUUGCUAUAAAGGGAAAAUGCUUCUUUCCCUUAGUCCGUUUUCCAAGUGAGUGAAAUUGGACUACCAGCAGCCUUUUCCUGGGAAACAAUUGUGGCCGUAAUCAUCAAGCUAUAGUUCUUCAAGUUUUUGUUUGUUUUUUCGAGGGAAGGAGAGGCUGUUUACCUAGAAGAAAUGCAGAAUUUGGCUCUGUGACAGUUUGGUUUUGGAGACAUUAACAGCAUUGCAUGUAUUACUCUGUAUUGCGUGCUUACUUCAAGCCAGGCACCAGCCUAAACUGUUUCUAAUGCUCACAGCAAACCCUUUAAGAUGCGGACCGGGCAGUGAAUAUUUCCAUGGGCCCCACAAGGCCCCUGUCACAUAUUCUUCUUUGUUUUGAAAAACGUGAAAAACAUUUUUAGCUCGAGGACUGCAGACACAGGCCGCAGGCUGGGUCAGGCCAUGGGCUGAGGUCUGCUGCCCCCUGCUGAGGUGUCAGCUCACCUAGCAUUCUGUUGAGCGGAUGGCUCGUAGGUGGGGAACCUGGCCGUGACCCCGGGGACCUGACCUCUGAGCUCCAGCUCCCCACAACCACACUGCCGAAAACCCCAGCAACUACCUCGCACAUGUUUUUACCCUUUGCCUUGCUGCAGCCCCCUUAACUCCCAGCGUUUCGGUUCUGAAAAUUGAGAGUCUUGAGAGAAAAGAACAUUCCUUCGGUGAAUAAAAUUAUGUGCAAUUAUAGAAGAAAUGUAUUAUGGCCAUUUAGCACUGAUUGUAUUAGGGUAAUGCUAAAUCUGUAAUAAAUAGACAAAAAACUGUA